AUGUUCGUCUCGAGUUUGCCUCAGUGGACUUCCGGUUUCGUAUUGUUCGGUCCGCGGCGUCCCUGCAGCCUAGUUCGAGACGGUCCUGGAGGUGUUCUUUCUCCGGUUCCGAACGGUCCUGAGGGAGGUGGGGGAAUCUGUUCUCCACUACGCGCUGAUCCUCGCGGAGGUGGGGGAAACUGUUCUCCACUACGAGCUGAUGCUCGCGGAAUGGAAGAUCUUGGUUGCCCCUUGGAUCCGUGGAGGAGAAUGGUUGCCAGUCGCGAGCUGAUGCUCGUGGGCUAG